UACAAUAUAACCUUCAAAUGCCUUUAUCGUGGUACGUCUUUAAAACAACUUUUCCUUAAGAUCAGCCGGCGUCUGUUCGCGGCACUCCCGCCCAGCCUCCAGUCGGUAUUUGUCGCGAUGGCGCUACGUUCUAUACUCCUGCGCAUCGUAGUCAAUGGACCACAAAAGCGCCAACUACAUGAGCUAAGAACAAAAGAACGAGCAGGGGUGACGAAACUACGUGAAGUUCUUGAAGACCGACUGCAAGACAUAAAACGAGCCAAAACAUGGAAACAUGAGAGAAUACUAACGUCCCCACAAGAUACUAAGGUAAAAGUAAAAGGAUCAGAAGGAAUUUUUUUGAAUUUCUGCGCCAAUAACUACUUAGGAUUAGCGAAUCAUCCAGAGGUUGUAGAAGCUGCUAAAAAUGGGCUCAGUAGAUAUGGAGCAGGACUUAGCUCUGUUCGUUUCAUUUGCGGUACUCAAACCUUGCAUAAGGAAUUAGAAAACCGUCUCACACAGUUUCAUGGCCGAGAGGAUACCAUCCUCUACGCAUCAUGUUUCGACGCCAACGCUGGUCUCUUCGAGGCGUUACUGACUCCUGAAGAUGCCGUUUUCUCCGAUGCUCUAAAUCAUGCAUCAAUCAUUGAUGGAAUAAGAUUGUGCAAAGCGCAAAAGUUCCGGUAUCCACAUAGAGAUCUUAACGAAUUGGAGCACCUUCUGGCUCACAGCGAGGCUAGACUGAAACUAAUAAUCACUGAUGGCGUGUUUUCAAUGGAUGGAAACGUGGCUCCUAUAAAAGGCUUACGAGACUUGGCCGACAAGUACAGAGCCUUAUUAGCUGUGGACGACAGCCACGCUACAGGUUUCUUCGGGGAAACUGGAAGAGGAACGGAAGAGUACUGUGGUAUGAAUGGGGCGGCAGAUAUCAUCUGUUCGACACUUGGCAAGGCUGUGAGCGGCGCGGCCGGCGGGUACACGACCGGACCCAAGGAAAUGGUGUCGCUACUGAGAAACGUAUCGAGGCCGUACUUGUUCUCCAACGCACCCCCUCCGCCAGUUGUUGCGGCUUGUUUGAAGUCCUUAGAACUCGUAGAGAACAGCAGCGAGCUACGUGAACGCUUACGAGACAAUACACGCGCAUUUCGCGAAGGCAUGGCAGCGGUUGGUCUCACUGUGGCUGGUGACGACCAUCCGAUCUGCCCCGUGAUGGUGGGCGAUGCCGCACUCGCCUCCGAUCUAGCGGCUGGCAUGCUUGAACGCGGCGUGUACGUAGUAGCAUUCAGCUACCCAGUAGUACCGAAGGGCGGAGCGCGGGUACGCGUGCAACUAAGUGCCGCACACACGCCUGAAGACGUUCAACGUACUGUACAAGCGUUUGCGGACGUCGCGAAGAAUAUUGGUCUCAUUAAAAAUUAACUUGAUGACUUAUGUAAUAGUUUUGAUAUUAAUCGUAAUACUUUUAAAAAGUCAUAAUUAUAUAUAUAAUUUUAAAUAUAUCUUAAUAAAAAUGAAA